GGAGGAGGAGACAAGUGCGGGAUCUGUGAGAAGACUGUCUAUGCCCAAGAGAAGAUCGAGGCUGGGGGUGUGGCCUUCCACAAGACUUGCUUCAAGUGUUCCCACUGCAAGAUGACACUCAACUUGCAGAACUACGCUCAGGCCCAUAAAAAACUCUUUUGCAAGAAUCAUUACCAGUCGGAGGUGCUGGCCAAGAACUCACAGAUCGUGUCGUGA